GCCCCCAAAAUCCUCAGACCCCAGAGGGUUAACCGAAAGAAGGAAAUAUCUAACAACAACAACAACAAAACACUUUCCCCUUCAGUCUGGAAAUGCUACAAAGCUUAAAAUCUUAACAGAUAUGAAAAGACUGGCCAUCAUUCACUUGAUGACUUUGUAAACAGUUAUAUAGAAAAAGUGGGAAUCAUACACUAUAAUCAAACCACACACUACAGACUUUUAAGUCAUUCCCAACACAAACUCAAUUAGAAAAGUGUGGCUCAUUGCAAGGAGAUAAAUAAAAAUUAUAACAUCUAAAUAAGUUAGUAAGUAAAUACAUAAAUUGUUUGAUAUGUUCUGAUUGGAUGGAAUUGUAGGCAUAGUCUACCCUGAAACUAAAAAUUGUCUUAUUUGCUCUGACUUUCAGCAACUAGUGUUGACUCAAAAAAUCUGGGCAAAAGUUUUGUAGUUUAUUCUACCCUUUAGUGUUCAAAAUACUGUGUGGUAUCAUUGUUUUCAAUAAUGUUGUUUUCAACACUAAUCUGUUAGCAUCUCAAAAACUAUGUUUUAUGGUUUAAUGACCACUGAAAGAAUAAAAAAGGGAAAAAGAUUUUUCACUGUUCUAAGAUGGCAAAUCCAGCUGAAACAGGGUUGAAAUGCAGUGCACAUCUCAGUUCUGUUUUAGACACAGACAUUACAUCAUCUGGCUUCAAAUCCCAUCAAGUUCCCGAAGACCAUCAAUUGAACUUUGACUUCAAGUCCCAUGAUGCUUGUCUGUGAACAUAAAUCUGCAUAAAAGGCAAUGUUGUACCAUAGCUUACAGUAUGCAUAAGGCAUAAGUUUUAUUCAGGUCAUGCAAGAAUUAUUGUGACAUACAUUACAAAGGUUUUUAAUGGCUGUAAACCUUUCAUAUCCAACUUUCACAUUCAACCUUAAAAUUGCAAAAUUUGAUGUCCAUCCAAAAGCAAUAUAUCCUGUGUUCUUCUUUGGAACUCUGAUCUAUGUGUUCUCUGUGUUCUGUAAUGGAACCAUUCUUGGACUGAUAAUCACCCAAAGAAUCCUUCACAAGCCGAUGUUCUACAUCCUGUUCAGCCUCCCUCUAACUGAUUUAAUUGGAAUCACUUCUGCUCUGCCCAGGGUGCUUGUGGACAUUAUAACAGAAACAAAUGAUGUGUAUUACCCUACAUGUGUUCUUCAGGCUUUUUUGAUACAUAUGUAUGGAGGUGCAAUACUUUUUCUACUGGCAGCCAUGUCGAUUGACCGGUACAUAGCAAUAUGCAACCCACUCAGAUACAAUUCUAUUAUGACUCCUGGCAGAAUAUGUGGACUCAUUGCGCUGGCAUGGAGCAUGGACCUUGUCUUAGUACUUGUUUUAUUUUCCCUUCAAUCUAGAAUGGAGAAAUGUAAUUCUUUCAUUGCUAAUGUGUACUGCGACAACCCAUCUUUGCUUUUACUUUCAUGUGGAGGGGAUUUUACAGUGAACAACAUUUAUGGUUUAUCAAUAACAGCAUUUAUGCAGGUAAUCAGUGUCUCUGUCCAGCUGUACUCUUAUAUGCAAAUUCUCAUCACGUGUAUAAAACAAACACAUUCUGAUUCAAAAAUAAAGGCUGUAAAUACAUGUAUGGCCCAGAUCGCUACAUUUUUUGUCUUUGAAAUAGUGACAACCAUUGCUAUAUUAUCAUAUCGGAUCCCUAAUUUUUCUUCCAGUGCACAGAGGAUUUGUGGUUUGAUGAUUUACACAGUCCUUCCAGUUGUCAAUCCAAUCAUAUAUGGAAUGAAAACUAAAGAUAUCAGAAUAGCUUUCUUUUUGGUUUUGAAAAGGAAUAUAAUUGGUCCAGGUAAAAAUGCAUCUGUUGUUCAAAACAGAAAAUAAUAAUUAUAAUUGAAUGUAAUGAUUUUAAAAAAGUUUCUUGGUGUGGUGUUCUGGAUGUUAACGUUUAACUGUAUGGAUCAUUCUCGUUAAACUGAAAUGUUUAACAAGGAUCGUCAGAUAAUUUAAUAAUAAUAUGAUUUUAUUACAUCAUCUUUUAGUGUGAAUAAUUUCUUUGUAAUUGUUGUGAAGACAUUAAAAUCAUAUCCAAAUAACUAUUGUUAUGUGUGCAUACUUGUUAUACUAGGCUUUUUUGUGUGUGAAUAUAAAUAAGUAA